AUGUCGUCGUCAGCGAUUUACAUAUUGGACGUUAAAGGUAAAGUUCUCAUAUCGAGAAAUUACCGAGGCGAUGUAGAUAUGGGUGUUAUAGACAAGUUCAUGCCGCUUCUUAUGGAGAAGGAGGAAGAAGGGAUGUUAACACCAUUGCUACAAACGAGCGAAUGUACUUUCGCUUAUAUUAAGACAAAUAAUCUUUACAUUGUAUCAACUACAAAAAAGAAUGCCAACAUUGCCCUUGUGUUUGUAUUUCUUUACAAAAUAGUAGAGGUUAUGACUGAGUACUUCAAAGAAUUAGAAGAAGAGAGUAUUAGAGAUAAUUUUGUUGUUAUCUACGAAUUGAUGGAUGAGUUGCUCGAUUUUGGCUAUCCACAGACCACCGAUAGCAAGAUACUUCAAGAAUACAUAACUCAGGAAGGUCACAAACUUGAAAUGCAACCACGAAUACCGAUGGCAGUAACCAAUGCUGUAUCAUGGAGAUCGGAAGGCAUUAAAUACAGGAAAAAUGAAGUGUUCCUAGAUGUGAUAGAGUCGGUUAAUCUAUUAGCUAACUCCAAUGGAAAUGUUUUGAGAAGUGAGAUUGUAGGGGCGAUCAAAAUGAGGGUCUAUUUAUCAGGGAUGCCGGAACUAAGAUUAGGAUUAAAUGAUAAAGUGCUUUUCGAGAGCACAGGCAGAGGGAAGUCUAAGUCUGUAGAAUUGGAAGAUGUAAAAUUCCAUCAAUGUGUUCGAUUGUCGAGAUUUGAAAAUGACAGAACUAUAUCUUUUAUUCCACCAGAUGGUGAAUUUGAACUUAUGUCAUAUAGAUUAAACACUCAUGUUAAACCUCUGAUUUGGAUUGAAUCAGUUAUCGAACGACAUGCCCACUCCCGGGUUGAAUACAUGAUCAAAGCUAAAUCACAAUUCAAGAGACGUUCAACCGCUAAUAAUGUUGAGAUAAUCAUACCAGUACCAGCCGAUGCUGAUUCUCCUAAAUUUAAAACGACUAUUGGCAGUGUGAAAUACACUCCUGAACAGAAUGCUAUAACCUGGUCUAUAAAAUCUUUCCCUGGCGGCAAAGAGUAUUUAAUGCGGGCUCACUUUGGUUUGCCGUCCGUAGAAUGUGAGGACACAGAUGGGAAACCGCCUAUUCAAGUCAAAUUUGAGAUUCCAUACUUCACUACUUCCGGGAUACAAGUUAGAUAUCUUAAAAUCAUUGAGAAAAGUGGCUAUCAAGCUCUGCCUUGGAGUAAACUUGAAAAGGAUAUUGAUAACCUCGAAACACCUGUUAAAAUUCCUCCUGAAAAUGAUCCUAAGGAAUUCAGAGUCAAUGAUGUGAAUAUACAAAUGAUAUCAAAAAAUAUAUACGACCAGCUUUUUCGAAAUCCGCAACCUGCUCCAGAUGCUAAAGUGAUUAAAAGUUGUCUAAACCAUUUAGAAAGGCAUGGCAUAGAUAUUAGGAAGAGUACCUACUUACCAGACGUACAGCUUAAAAUACCAAAGUUAGAAGGAAAGGAUAUUGAGGAACAUUUUUUUAAUAUUGGAGAGAAACAAUGUGCCCCAUACAGAACUCUCUUACAAAAACUAUCAACCGGCAAUUUGCCUAAAUUACCAAAGAAAUGGCUUAAAAAUCAGGGUUGGACUAAAUAUACUGAUCAAGGUUCGGAACCCGUUGCCUGUCCUCAAGAUGAUGCUUUGAUACUUGAUGUGGAAGUUCUGAUGACCGCUGGGAAAAGACCGACACUGGCCUGUGCUGUGUCAUCUGAAGCUUGGUAUGGCUGGGUAAGUGAACCUCUGGCAAAUGAUAAGAAACAUGAACAUCACAAUACUGUGAGAUACGAAGAUCUUAUACCAUUGGAAACCGAUGGUUUUGAACCAGUAGGUGAUACAACCAGGCCGAGAAUAGUGGUUGGUCACAAUGUAUCAUAUGACAGGUCUAAAAUUAAAGAACAAUAUUGGCUGAAUAAGACUGGCGUACGUUUUAUGGACACAAUGUCAAUGCACACAUGUGUAUCAGGAGUGACCAGUUAUCAGCGAACAGUUCUUAAAGACAAAAACAAAGAACCUCAUCCCACUGAUGAUGAAUGGAGGGAAGUCAGCUCCCUCAAUGGACUCUCUGAUGUGCAUAGAUUAUACUGUGGUGUGGCCAUAGACAAGCAGACUCGAGAUGUAUUCGUAGAUGGCUGUCUAGAAGAUGUUCAGAAUAACUUCCAAGAUCUUAUGAAAUAUUGUGCUGGUGACGUCAUCGCUACCCACAAUGUACUCAAAGCGCUUCUACCCUUGUUCCUAGAAAGAUUUCCGCAUCCCGUCACAUUCGCUGGAAUGUUGGAAUUGGGUUCUGCCUAUCUUCCCAUCAAUUCGAAUUGGUCGCAGUACAUAGAUUCGGCUGAUACAGUUUUUGAGGACUUGAAAUUGGAAUCCCAACAGAUACUCUCAUCUAAAGCGGAUGAAGCGUGUAGAAUGAUGGAGAACGAAGGAUACAAGGAGGAUCCUUGGAUGUGGGAUCAAGACUGGUCGGUACAGAAGCUAAAAUUAAAAAAAAAUGCGACCAAAAAAAAAGAAACUAUAGACUCAAUAAAACCAGCCAAUGAAGAUGUAAACAGAAUAAGUUCUAAAUUUGAAUUAUUAAGUGACGAAUAUGUUGAUAGUCUUAAGACUAAAGAGAGAGUUACACACGAUGUUGAGAAUUUGAACAAAAAGUUUAAGUAUUUAUAUGAUUUGGGUGAUUUAUUGCCAGUAAAGAGACCUUUUUUGGCCGGAUAUCCAGCGUGGUAUAGGAAAUUGUGUACUAAACCAGGAAAAGACCCAGAUUGGAGGGCCGGUGCUAAUAAUAUUACUACCAGUAUGCAGAUAACUCCUAAACUCCUGCGUCUAUCUUGGGAAGGCUAUCCCCUACAUUACUUGCAGUCCGAAGGUUGGGGAUUUUUAGUUCCAUACAGUAGACAUAUAUCUGAAGAUGCCAAAGAACCUCUCGUGCCAUUGGAGAAGAUUCUAGAAAUCUGUCCAUUAUUGACUUCUAAAGCAGAUUACGUUGAGAGCGAAUUACAUAUGCUGCCCAAGAAUGUGGAGGAAGAUUUAAGCAAGAGGGCGUAUUAUGCUCGUAAGAAGAAACAAGAGCAAGCAGCCGCCAAUCAGUACCAUGGCUUGGGUGUGUGGUGUGGAGUACAAAUACAGGGUUGCUGUCAUUUCCUGCGUCUCCCUCACAAAGAUGGUCCGAAAUAUAAAGUAGGGAAUCCGUUGGCGAGGGAUUUCCUUAAUAUGUUCAGUCAGAACGUACUCUCCGCUCAAGGGAAUGAGGCUGAGAAGGUGUUGUCGUUCGGCCGCAUGAUGUCGUACUGGCGUAACAACCGCGAGCGUGUGUGCGGGCAGCAGGCCGUGCGUCUCCCGGACGAGGCGCUCCCUUUACAACUGAGAGGCCGCGGACUGGCCGCCAUCUUGCCGCUCGUUGUUGUGUGCGGCACGCUUACUAGACGCGCGUCGGAACCGACUUGGAUGACAGCUAGUAAUGCUCAGAGUGACCGCGUGGGUUCCGAGCUACGGUCAAUGGUGACCGCCCCACCAGGUUACCGGUUCGUUGGCGCCGAUGUGGAUUCUCAGGAGUUGUGGAUAGCUGCUCUAUUGGGUGAUAGUUCGUGUAUGUGUGGAGGGAGCGCGUUCGGCUGGGCAGUAUUAGCGGGUGACAAGAGAACUAAUACCGACCUACACUCACUUACGGCGGCCGCGGCCGGCGUGAGGAGGGACCACGCUAAGGUCAUCAACUAUGCCAGGAUAUAUGGUGCCGGGCAGAAUUUCGCUGAGAGAUUACUGAAACAGUUCAAUCCUACUAUGACGAUAUCCGAAGCGAAGAGCAAAGCUGCAAAAAUGUUCGCUACAACCAAAGGAAAAAGAGUGUAUAGGCUGAAGGAAAAAUAUGUAGAGGGAUUCAUUGACGAGGAGUUAGGAGAUCAGACUGUAGAGAUGACUUCGUACCAAGCGAUGCGUCUCGCUAAACUGAGCGGUCGAACUACUGAUGAGAUGUUUGAGAAACCGCGCUGGGAAGGUGGAACGGAAUCACACAUGUUCAACAAACUAGAGGAAAUAGCAGAGUCAUCGUGUCCUCGUACAAGUUUCCUCGAGGGUCGUCUGUCUCGUUCCUUGGAGGCGGCACAUAACGGAGGCGGCACUAAACUGAACUGGGUCGUUCAGAGCGCUGCGGCCGACUUCCUACAUCUGAUGUUAGUCAGCAUGAGACAUAUGCAGCCUUCAGCCAGAUUCUGUCUCAGUUUCCACGACGAGGUCAGAUAUUUAGUUCCAGAGGAACAUAAAUACGAGGCAGCUUUAGCUUUACAAAUAACAAACCUUCUCACAAGAGCCUUCUGUUCACAGAGGGUUGGGAUACACGAUCUUCCGAUGUCAGUAGCUUUCUUCUCUUCUGUGGAGGUCGAUCGAGUUUUAAGAAAGGAAGCCAAUAUGGACUGUGUGACCCCGUCAAACCCCCAUGGCCUGGAAAAAGGCUAUGAGGAAAUGUCGAAAGUAACAAAAAGGAAACAUGUGAUGAACGAAACACUAUGGGAUGAUUAUGAGUUGCCUAAAGAAAAUCAAAGUAUAGUUAAAGUUUUAAAAAGUAGGGGAAAUAAUCUUCAUGAGAUCCAAACGCCUAGUGGAGAGGAAUACUUGGUGUCAAUGCCAGGAAAAUUUCGAAAGAACAUUUGGGUGAAGCGUGGCGAUUACAUACUAGUGGAACCAAUCGAGGAAGGGGAUAAAGUGAAAGCCGAAAUAGUUAAAAUAAUGAACAAGGGCUCUAUAAAAUAUUACAAGGAAAAUAAUGUAUGGCCUAAGGAGUUUGAUGACAACAAAAAGGAAGAGAUAAAGGAAAACGAUGAUGACUUAUUUGUAAACACAAACAGAGCUCAUAUGAAAAGUUAUUCCAGUGACAGAGACAGCAGUGACUCUAGUGGCAGUGAUAGUCAAAGUGAUGAUUAA